AUGCAUCACACCGCGAUCGACAAGCCCCGGAUCGUACACAUCUGGUACACCCAUGAUACGAUCCUCGCAGAGUUCGUCGUGGUAGUCAUGCGCAGGGCCGUUCGCUGUGCCAUUAUCGGCCUAACGGCUCUCCGGGUCUGCUCUGGGUCUGCUGAAGUGGCGCGUGACUCGGCGACAGAGACGAACCAGGAGCGGCCUAUGUCGAGACCGCACACGUUCACAGGCGUGUGCUGCCAACACCAACGCCUAGUCUUGAACUGAAAUUCAAGGAGGCGAGGUGUGCGCGGUCAAAUGGAACUAACCCUCAUUCCUAUACACGGCUGGACCUGGAUGCGAUUCUCACAGGGGCUUCUUCGGUCGGCAAGUCGUCGCUCCUGCUUCGAUUCACCGACGAGACCUUCUUAUCCCCUGACGAAACCAGCGGUGAGUUUCAUAUUCGACUCGGCGUUCUCAACCAAGUCCUGACGCGUUCGGAUACUUUCUCUUCCACUAGCCACAAUUGGCGUCGAUUUCAAAGUCAAGGUCAUUGAGCGAAAGAACAAGCGCUGGAAGCUGUCCAUUUGGGUACGACAUCGACACUUCACGGAUACGGACUCGAAGCUUUGCUCAUCCCAGUACUGACCCGCUGUGUGGGAUCCCAGGACACCGCGGGGCAAGAGCGAUUCCGAACGUUGACGAGUUCCUAUUAUCGUGGCGCUCAAGGAGUGAUUCUGGGUGAGGUCGGACGCGGUGCUCGGAACGGUCUCGUUACCACCAUGUUGAGCUUCGCUGAACCUCUCGUAUAUCCUAUCCAGUCUACGAUAUCACUGCUCGCGACACGUUCGAGUCAUUAACGUCCUGGAUUGCCGAGCUCGACACGUUCGCCGGAACGGGGUCGGGAGCCAAAGAGGUUCGUCCAUUGCUGUCCAGGUCAUCAAUACAUGCUUUCUUUACGGCUGAUUGUCCUUCAUUCGAGAAUACUCCACAGGUCGUCAGGAUGAUUGUCGGCAACAAGACAGACCGAGAGUUCUCGCGCGUCGUCAGUACGGCCGAAGGGGAGGCGUUCGCCCAAGCGCAGAAUCCGCCGUGGUUGUUCAUGGAAUGUUCGGCGAAGAAGGGUGGCGAGGACGUGACGGGCGAAGAUGGAUUGUUCAGUCGGGUUGUUGAUAAGGUCAGUGAUUCUUGAAUGAGAGUUCUUCUAUGUCAAGAAGGAAAAUUGAGUGUGUUAACUCUUGUGCAUGCUUUGAUUCGUGCCCCCUUCCAGAUCGUCGAAACCCCUUCCUUGUAUAUGAAGAACAACAUCGGCGUCAACUCGAUCAACAAGAAGGGUCCACCUGGUCAAUUCCCCUCUGGGACCGUCAAUCUCGACGAAGCCGAGGAAUCCGGAGGCGGAUGGUGCGCGUGUUAA